AUGCCACCCCGGGCACCUCUUAAUUGGGGCUCUUUGCCCCUCUUACCUGCCGCAACGCGUACCCUCGUUCCACUCGCCCACCAAAAUGCCGCCACCUUUGCGCUCUCCUACACAUGCGUUCGCGGCAUCAAAUCAACGUUCGGCCCCAAACCAGACCGCUUCGCACACCACCCCAACAAGCCCGCACUGAACAGCACAUCCACUGCCGCCCUCGAACGGAAAGCGCACUCGACACCACUCCGCACUGGCCUGCUCGCCCUGAAGCGCGGCAUGACAGCGCUCUACGAUCCGGAGACAGGGAAGCGCACGCCCUGUACCGUCCUGCAAGUCGACCGUAACGAGGUCGUUGCGCACAAGACGAGAGAGAAGAAUGGGUAUUGGGCUGUGCAGAUUGGCGCGGGGCAGAAGGAGCCAAGGAACGUUACAAGGCCGUUGUUGGGACAUUUUGCGCAGGCGGGAGUGAGUCCUAAGAGACAUCUUGCCGAGUUCAAGGUCAAGGACGGUGCCGGCUUGGGUUUGAGUAUUGGGGAGAGCGUGGGUGCAAAUUGGUUCGCUGCUGGACAGUGGGUUGACAUCAAGGGCAUUUCGAGGGGAAUGGGUUUUGCUGGUGGUAUGAAACGUCAUGGCUUCAGCGGUCAACCUGCAUCUCACGGUAACUCGCUCACCCACCGCGCUAUGGGUUCCGCCGGAGGAUCGCAAGGAUCCGGUUCGCGUGUAUUGCCAGGAAAGCGCAUGGCUGGAAACAUGGGCAAUGAGAGCGUUACCGUCAAGAAUCUGAAAGUGCUGCAGGUUGACGAGACGAACGGUUUGAUUGUCGUUACAGGCUGCGUGCCGGGACCCAAGAACCAGAUCCUGAAGGUGCAGGAUGCGCUCGGGAAACCCUGGCCGAAGGGCCCUAUGAGUAACGCGGAGCUCGCGCCGAUUGCCGAGGUUGCUGAGCCAGUCGAGGGUGCUACGGCGACAGCCUAA